AUGGUUACGACAUUCCCAUGGCGCAGUAUAUCAUCUUUCUGGACAGCAAGAGGGGAGGCGCUCCCCUCUCACGCCUCUCCCCCCUUCCAGCCCUCCCUCCCUUUCCGCCUCUCUUUCUCUUGCUCCGUUUCUACCAGCGACAUCCCCAUGGCGCAGUAUAUCAUCUUUCUGGACAGCAAACGGGGAGGCGCCGAGAAGUUUAUUCUUCAGGUUCUAGACGACACUCACAUGUUGAUUCUAGCGGAUGCAGCCGACAUGGUGCAGAAGAUGUGGUACGGCGUGAAGGUGCAAUGCGUGUGGGACAGCUCCGGGCGAUUGGCGUCCCCGUCACGCGUUCUGCAGUACGCAUUCCCAGAGACUCACAAGGGCGAGGCGCUGACGUCAUGGCGGGUGGACGACAGCGACAGCAGCUACCACUCGCGCUACUUCCGCAUCCGCUUCGCCCGCCAGGACGUGGGGCUAAGAGAGGUCGCGUGCUUCCACCUGCCCGUGCGCCAGAAGAGGCCAUUCGACGAGCCCGUAUCGCUGCGUUUCGAGCUCCUCCACGCGCCCUUCACAGCGGGCCGCGGCAACGUCCCACCCGACGACCUAGACCCUGUAGCGCGGCAGAUAGUGCGCAUUCCGGGCGGCAUGUGGCACCACGUGCACGAGUACACGCCUGUCACAUUCGACACCAUGCACUUCGCACAGCUGGACGUCACUGUUCAUGCCGCCAUGCUGCAUUUCUCCAACCCGCCUCUGCAAUCCGCACAUCGACCCAGGGUUGUGCGUCCAGUGAGACCCCCUCCCGCCACACUCCCUCCACCGGCGGAUCUGCCUCCAAUCACCUUCUACACCUCUGACAACUCCUCACAACCGCUCCCCCAGCAGCCCACCACUGCUGUUACGUCCCAAGAUGACAGCGCCCCUGCCAUUACAUCCCAGGCUGCCGGCACCACUGCUGUGACUGCUGCUGAUGCUCAUGCUCCCAGGGCUGGUGGUGGUGAGGAAUUGGCUGGUGCAGGCAGUGCAGACGAGGGUGCAGCUGCAGGCCACGCUGCUGCAGCUGCAGGUGCAGGGGCAGAUGCAGUAACUGCAGCAGCAGGAGGAGCUGGUAUAUCAGCAGGGGCAGCAGCAGGGGCAGGUGCAUCAGGGGCAGGUGCAGCAGGGGGAGGUGCAUCAGUGGCAGGUGCAUCAGGGGAAGGAGCUGCAGGGGCAGACACAGGAGGCCAUGCGGAGGGCAGGGAGGAGUUCUAUGAGGCGGAGGGUAGCUUUGUUGUGGCGCAGGGGGAGCAGAGUGACGUGGUGGGUAAGGAUGUUGCAGACAAGUCAUUUCCAGAUGAGAUGCUUGAGAGCACUCCCACCAGAGGUGGGGAGGCUGCUGCUGGUGUGGCCAGAGGGGGAACUGGAAUCACAGGUGGUGCGGCCAAUGGGAAGGAUGGAGAGGCGCCUGGGGCGGGCAGGGGAAGGAGCGGAGAGGGUUCUGGAGCAGGGGAGCGGGAGAAGAAUGGCAAGGCGAAGCUAGCAGAGCCCGCAACAGCGACCAUGGCGUGUCUGCUGCUCGAGUCCUCUCUCCUCCUGCGCUCGCUCAACGCUGCGCUCGCUGCCACAUACAACCUGCACCACCUGCACCACCUGCUGCCUCCCCCAGACGCCAUGGCUGAGCAGUCGCUCUGCUCUCCGGUGCUCGCCAGUGCACUGCGCAAGCUGAUGGGUCAGUCCGACAGAGCAGAUGCUGACAGGCCAGAUGCUGACAGGGAACGUGCUGCCGUGGCAGAUGCUGACGGGGCAGAUGCUGACAGGGCAAAUGCUGACGGGGCAGAUGCUGACAGGGCAAAUGCUGACGGGGCAGAUGCUGACAGGGCAAAUGCUGACGGGGCAGAUGCUGACAGGGCAAGGGCGAAAUCCGGUGGAGUGGAGACGAGCAGAAGUGAGGGGCCAGGUCCAGCAACAGAGAGAGGGGCGAGCGGGAGUGGAGAGGAUGCAGCGAGUAGUGAAGGGGGUGGUAAUGACUGUAACGGAGGUGACAAUGGAUUGAAGGGGAGAGCACAGGAGUGGGAGGGAGAAGGUGUGGCUGUGGGGGGUGAUGGGGGAGGGGAGCAGAGUAGUGGUGGGUCGGGCACGGUAAAGAGCGGUGAUGAUGGUGGGGGUGAUGCCGAUGCUGGGGGUGGAAGCAGGGAGGAAAGUGGGAAGGCGGAGUUGAGUGCAGAGGAUGGGACGGGCAGUCAGUUAGGGAAGAGGGAUACCACCACCACCACUGGAGUGACUGUGACUGAUGGGAGUGUGAGUUUAACGGAGGAGGAAGUGGAAGCAGUGAAGGUUGCUGCAAAGGGUCUCGUGACUGCGUACUGGACGUCCUUCUUCAGCAUGCACAAGCUGUGCCACGUGGAGCUGUGUGCGGUGCUGCGGCAGCAGUGGGUGGCAAACCAAACACGAGAAGCAGCGCCGUGGGUGUAUGCGUCUUCCUCGCCCAUGCAGACAGAGCAGCUCUUUGGCCUCGACCGCUGGCCCGAUGUCACCACAGCCAGGCAAUUCAUGCCGCCAGACAAGCAGAGCGAUUUGGCGCUCCUCUCAGCAGCCUUGGCCCGCCAGGUGCGGGCGGCCAUGCCUGCAGUGCCCUCCUCCGUGCUCGCCCUGCCUCCCUGCCGGCCCCAGCUGCUGCCUCGACCCACCCUCACCACCACUCUCAACCUGCGCACGCUGCCCUGUGUGCCGUCCUGCCUGCAGGACAUGCGUCUCUACUCCCGCCCACUCAUGCAGCCGCUGCUCUUCUGCCACUCGCUGCUGCCUCUUUCCCUCACCUCCAUCUCCUCACCUCCUCUCACACCCACGCCCCACACCCCCACCACUCCCACUACUCCCUCCACUCCCACCACUCCUGCUUCACCUGCCAGCUUUGCUGCUGCUGCUGCUUCUGUCAUAGACGCCACUAAUCCCACAUCCACCUUCCCCAGUCCUCCCCUCCCCAUGUCCCCCUCCCUCCUUCCCACCACCUCCACCUCUCUCGACUUCCUCCUCUCCUCUCUGCACUCCUACCCUCCCGCCUCCAUCCCUUUCUGCCUCUCCUCGCCCCACCGCCCACCCAUCCCCACCCAUCUCAACCACCUCCCGUCACUCAGCCCAGCAGCAGCGGCAGCAGCAGCAGGGGGUGCAGAAUCCCCAGGUGUAUCUGCCGCAGGUUCGACAGGAGGGGAGGGUGGCAGGAAGGCGACACGGGGGAAGCAUGUGGUGGUGUUUGUGCAUGGCUAUCAGGGCCACCGCAUGGACCUAAGGCUCGUAAUGGGCGGUGCUAGCAGGCCUCACCUGACCUACCUGCACCUUCACUCGUCCCAAUUGACCCUGCCAUUCGCAUGGCUUCUCUUUGCUCCCAAGACAUUCCAUCCUUUGAACCCCAACCUUAUGCCGUGCUCCCCUGCGGACGACAGCAUGCGGCCCUACCUGCCCUACCUGCACCUCUACCUCUCCUUCUGUGGACCCCACCUGGGCUACUUGUACCACUCCAACUCCCUCGUCACGGGGGCCCGGGGUGGGGGAGGGGGUGUGCCUGCCACACUCCACAAAUCCAUGCCACUGGCCCCUUCAAUCAACUCCCUGCCCAAGGGCCUUCAUUUUGUGCCUUUUUUUACACAUCUUCUAUCCCGUGACUCCCUCUCUCCUGCCCUGCUCCCCACUGCAGACGACAGCAUGCGGCCGUACCUGCCCUAUCUGCACCUCUACCUGUCCUUCUGUGGCCCCCACCUGGGCUACAUGUACCACUCCAACUCCCUCGUCACGGGCGGCAUGUGGCUGCUCAAGCCCCUCGACCCCUCCUCCCUCAUACGCCAGCUGUCCUUCUCCGAUUCGCUCAACGUCCGCGACUCCUGCAUCUACCGCCUCUCUCAGGUCGCGCCAGGAGUGGGUCCACUUCAAGCACAUCGUUCUCUUUGCCUCGCCCCAGGUGCAUCCCUCCCUCCCCUCUCAUCAACUCAUGCCGCCCUGCAAACCAUCAGUUAUCUUCCUGACUUAUGCCACGCCAGCUUGCACUUUAUCCAUACACUCCAUGUCACUCGUUCAAUCGCCUCUCCCUCCCCAUUCCUGUGCCCGCCUGUCGAGCCACCUCAGGACGAGUAUGUGCCGUAUCAUUCCGCCCGUCUGGAGGUCUUCGGUGCGGUGCUGAGGGAUGCUCGUCUCGGUGGCGUGCGCACCUCACGCCCAAACGGACACGUGGCACCACUCUCACCCAUCACCAAUCACCACCGAGCGACCCUCGUCAGCUGGAGUAGCUCGGCAUUCCCAAGGCGUUCCUUGCCUCUCCGCGGACUGUCGCUGCACUGCCAGCAGCCGCGGCACGGUCGUUCCUUUGAUGGUACACAGGUUGCCCGACCCGUGAGACCACACGCCACCACUGCAGGAGGCUCGAAUUCGAGAGCAGCUGCUUCGGAUGAAGAUGCAUCCGGGGGAAGGGAUUUGGAGCGAAGGCUGGAGGGGAGACUAGCAGCGAUGCAGGAGGGGAGGGGCAUGGAGAUGCGGCAGGGGGGGGGUAUGGAUAGGGGCAUGGAGGUUCGGAUGUUCACGGAGGACUUGCCUACGCAGCUGGAGGCGAUCACUACAGGGGCGACGACGCUGGUGGUGGAGACGCAGAGGAGCCCCCCUGACGUGGACUACCUGCAGGAGCUGCUGGCCAUCCAGCAGUCGGGGCCGCGGAACAUUGGCUUCUUUGGCACGCGCAACAUGGGCUUCAUGCACCAGCAGCUGAUUGAAAUCCUCAGCUAUGCCAUGAUUAUUACGAACAACCACAUCUACACGUCGGGGGCAGCGGGCACGAACGCGGCAGUGAUCCGCGGGGCGCUAAGGGCGGAGAAGGCGGAGCUGCUCACCGUCAUCCUGCCCCAGUCGCUCGGCAAGCAGCCUCCCGAGAGCCAGGAGCUGCUGAAGAAGGUGGAGAACCUAGUGGAGAAGCCUCACAACGACCAUCUGCCACUACUGGAAGCCAGCAGGCUGUGCAACAUGGACAUUCUAUCGGAGGUGGAGCAUGUGAUCUGCUUCGCUUUUCACGACAGCCGGCUGCUCAUGGAGACAUGUCAGGAG